GCGCUCGGCUGGGCCCCAUUUAUCAGUAGGCUCACCUUUCAACCACAGUUCCGCUCUCACACAAUUUGCUGUUAUCCUUUCUGUCAUUCUCGGCUCUGAAGCGAACUUCCCGCUCUCGCUUGCCUUCGUCCCACUACUCCAUCUGUUAACUUUACAGAAGUCGCGUCUCUAGAUAAAGAAGAUUCUGGCUUUGGUUGAUUUGAGCCCAGAUUGAGAACUUGGAUUGGUUCUGUCUUAGAAGACAGCUUUAAUAUCAGUAAGACAAAACUUGUUGAUAAGAAGACUUUUAGGUUUGCUAAAAAAGGAAAAGGAACUACAAUAAUGGCACAAAACGUAGAUCGUUUGAAAGAUGUGAUGCCUGACAUUCUUUCAAGGUUGCCGGUGAAAUCUUUAAGGCGAUUGGCAUGCAUUAAUAAAUCCUGGUACCGCCUAAUCAAAAGCCCUGAUUUUAUUUCCAAACACCUUCACACCUUCAACAACCACAUGAAGUCGACAGAUCCUAUUAAUCUUCUUGUCAAGCGAACUAGGCGUGCCCCUUUUGGUCCUUAUGGCGAUGACCGAGAAGCUUCUGUUUCUCUUCUGUCUUUUAACCGAGCGAACAGCAGUGCCGUUCUCAAUUUGCUGGAUUUAAUCUAUAACCAUGAUGAAGUUAACCAUAUUGAAAUUUUAGGUCCUUGCAAUGGCUUAUAUUGUCUCUUUAGCAGUACUAGCAUGAUUGUCAACCCGUCAAUGAGGGAAUUCAGAAUUCUUCCAGAUACACCAGCCCCACCUGACACUCACUCCAAGAUGGAACAUGUUGGGUUUGGAUUUGAUCCCGAAACCAAUGAUUACAAGGUGGUGACGAUCAUGGACACUUGGCGUAAUGAAACAGAUGAACAAUUGCCCUGGCGCGUAGAGAUGUACUCUCUGAAUUCUCAUUCUUGGAGGAAUGUUGAUUGCCCUCUACCACCUCUUUCUAUUAGGAAUUGUUCUUGGAUUGAUGCUUUUGUUCGCGGAGCAUUUCACUGGUGGGCUUAUGAUGCCGCUGGUGAUUUAAUUCUUGCAUUUGACAUGGUGAAUGAAACAUUCCAAACAUUCAGGGUGCCAAACGCACGUUUUUCUACCCGGGAGUAUGCUGGAACUGUUGCUAAGUUUAGGGAAUCUCUGACCGUGAUUGUAUAUCCUAGAAGGGGAACAGAGAAGGGCUUUGAUUUGUGGAUGAUGAAAGAUUAUGGCAAUAAAGGGUCUUGGACUAAGCACGCCAACAUUGGACCCAUUGUAGGAGCUAGACGGCCACUGGGAUUCUUGGAAGAAAAGAACCUAUUUCUUGUGGAAGAUAACGAUGGUAGGAUGAUGAUUUAUGAUCUCCAAACUGAAGAAAUCAUACAUACUGGAUUUCACGGUGAGGAAGAUUCUUUGCAGGCUGUUGUGUACAUGGAGAGCCUAAUAUCAGUGCGAAGAGAUAAUGAAAACCCGCAAGCAGGAGCGUCUUUCUUUGGUAUGAUUCCCGACCCUCUCUUUGAGGGCAAUCCAGGAUGAGAGUAAUCUUUUCCUCGAUGCUGUUUGUUGCUGUGUAGUUAAGAUGGAUUCUCAUUGUUGCUUGCUUGCUUCGUUCAGCCUCGUGUUUUUUUUUUUUUUUUACCAGAACUUUAGUCUUGUUGAAUUCUCCAAUUGUCAAUACUCUGUACAAUUUGUUUUGGAAGAAUGACAGAAAAAAAAGAUAA